AUGUCCGACAAGUUCGUCACCGCCAAUGCCGGGGCUAAAAAGGCGGAGGAUAGGGUAAAUGAUAUAUUUACCGUUAGGCAAUCGCCCGGCGAGGGACUCAGGGAUUUCCUCGCCCGAUUUAAUAGGGUGAGAAUGAGCUUACCAAAUGUGUUAGAAGGGAUGGCAGUAGCAGCCUUCCAGAACGGAUUGAACAGGAACUGGUCGAGAUUCAAACGGAGUCGAGAAAAGAGCAUUGUAACGACGGUCGACGAGAUCAGUCAGGUCCCCGUCUCAACCGAGAAAGACAUCAUCCCUAUGUUAGAACUGUCGUCCUACUGUCUCCCUGACAUGCGGAAGGAACAUCUAGGCCACAUACAGGGACUCAGCGAAAUGAAAGAGGAGCGGGGUCACAAAAUCGAGGAUUGCAUAGCUCUUCGGCAAGAGGUAGUAAACAUGUUGAACCAAGGGCACCUGGGAGAAUUGAUGAGCAAUUGUGGACGAGCAAACUUCGGCCGCGGAUGUGAACAACAUCAAGGCCCUCCAAAGCCUCCCUCCCCUACCCGUACCAUCCAAAUGAUCAUCAGCGGAGGUGAUGAAGCGGCAAUCAACUGUGUGAAGUUCACCACUACACCGAAACUGAAACGGUCGAUCACCCGCGAAUGGUACGAUGACCUCAGAGAAAGUAUCAUCUUUGAUAAGUCAAAUACUGAAGGUUUGACUUUUCCUCAUUUCGAUGCUCUUGUUAUUACUUUACGUAUUUUAGAUACUGAUGUGAAAAGAAUAAUGGUAGACGAUGGAAGCGGCGCGUGUAUUAUCCACCCUCGAGUCCUCACACAAAUGAGACUCGAAGACAAGAUAGUACCAUGUUGCAUAACACUAACAGGUUUUAACAAUGCAGUUGAACGAACCUCUGGGGAGAUAACGCUACUCGUUCUAGCCGGGGGCAUCACCUUAGAAACAAUGUUCCAUGUCAUGAACCAAGACAUGGCUUACAACGCCAUCAUAGGGCGGCCAUAG